AAUAAUACGUUCGGAUGUUCCAGUUUAUUUGCACGUGGACCGGUGACCGUUAUAGAUAAGAGAGAUAAUUGACAGUGAACAGUUUUUAUGAAGUGUUUAGGAUAUUGAGUGCACUUUUGGUUUUGUUUUGGAUUUUGAUGGACGUUGGAUUAUCUGUGAUUUAAUCAGAGAAUGAUAUAUGUGCUUGAAGUCACAGAAGAUUAUUAGCACACAUGGAUUUGAUGCCGAACAAGGGUUUGUCUGAAAGAGAAGUGCGAGAUCUUCGCACUGCAUUCGGGUUGCUGGAUCGCAACCAGGAUGGACAUGUAACGGCUUCAGAGUUGCAAUUUAUGUUAAGAAAUCUAGGAAUCCACGUGAGGGAUGAACUUAUUCAAGAUCUGAUGAAAGACGCUAGUCAGUCUGGUAGCGGAUUAAUAGACGAGACCGAGUUUUUACAAUGGAUCGCAAAGAUUCAGGCAGUUCAGGCAAUGCAAGGCGGAACCCAAAGACAAGGCGGCGAUUCAGACUCCAACGAUGAUGUCAAUAAAGAUCUACGAUCUGCCUUCAAGGUGUUCGACCGAGAUGGUAAUGGAUACAUUUCCCGAGACGAAUUGCGAACCGCCAUGGAGAUGAUCGGCGAAAAUGUCACGGAGCAGCAGGUCACCGAGUUGAUGACGUUGGCCGAUACGGACAAGGAUGGACGCAUCAACUUCGAAGAGUUUGCGAGACUAUUUUCAUAAAUACAAGAUGGUGUGAUACUUAUAUAAGGUUGUAUUAUAUUUAAAAAUGUAAAAAUGUACAUUAUCGAAUGUAUUGUCAAUAAAUAUUAUAUUAUAUAUCAUAAAUCAUUUAGAAUAAAAUUGCAAUAAUAACGACGAUAAUUUAUAUACUGUUAUUAAAAUUCUUAGAAUACGCGA